AGACACAUGCUCGGCCGAUAUCGGCGUUUUAAAAGACAAAAACAUGUCUGAGUUGGCGGAACACCGUGCAGAGCCAGAGCAUAGAGUAUAGUCCAUAAUCGUCCAACUAUAACACUUAUCUUUCAUUCCCGAACAAGAUAUCAACAGCUUCCGAUUAAUGCAGCUGUUAAAGGUAGAUCAGACAUGAACCCAGCAUUAUUCUUUCCUAUGUUUCUAAACGCCGCCAUCAAUCCGUACUGUAGAAGGAUUUGUCCGGAACUUUACAAACCGAUAUGCGGAAGUGACGGCAAGACCUACGACAAUAAAUGCUUGCUGAGUAAAGAAAACUGCGGCCGGGGCUUCAAGGAGCUAAUCACCGUCAAGUACAAUUCCAAAUGCAAGAAAAGCGAUCAAUGUAUCAAAGCCUGCUUUAAAGAUCUCCAGCCCGUCUGUGGAACAGACAAGAAGACGUACGCCAGCGAGUGCGCCUUGCAGAACGAGAACUGCCUCAAGGAAACAAAAGACAAGGUGGACGUCGACUACUAUGCAGCUUGCGGGACGUGUGACGAUUUAGUGUGCCCGUUAAAUAUCCUUCCAGUGUGCGGCAGCGACGGAAAAACAUACGGAAACGAAUGCGGUCUCGGCGCACACAACUGCGGAAAGCCAGACUACGAAAAAGUGUCUGUCGUGCGAGAGGGUAAAUGUGAGAGCACCAAAUGCAAGAAAGUGUGUAAAAAAAAGCUCGAUCCUGUCUGCGGGAGCGAUGGUGAGACCUACAAAAACAAAUGUCUUCUGGAAAACCGGAAUUGCGAGAAGCAGAAAGGCCCGAAGGUAUCUAUCAAGCACAAAGGCGAGUGCCGAAAAUGACCACAGCGUAAAAAAUACCAGUCAAUAAAUUGUUAAUUUAAACAAUAAAAAAAAUCUUACAAUCCUGAAAAAUUUCUUUUUACGCCAUUUUUUAAAUCACUUGAACAUAAUAGAUGCCCUAUGGAGGUCAAAGCUAAAUAUUGAAGUCGAUGCGAGCAUGCAAACUUCACUGCUAGUUACCUUGACAAAUAAAAAGCCCCUG